AUGGUGACUUUGGACGGAGCUCACUUUGAUUUCGUUGUUGUUGGAGGAGGCACAGCAGGUAAUUGUGUUGCUGGUCGCCUCGCAGAGAAUCCCAAUGUCACUAUUCUCAUUAUGGAAGCUGGAAUCGGUAAUCCUGAAGAUGUAACCGAUAUCACUACACCCGCUCUAGCCAUGGAUCUUCGCAACAGCGUGCAUGAUUGGGCUUAUAAGACCACAAUGGUCAAGCGUGAUGAUUACGAACGUAUCGAAAAACCGAAUACUCGCGGAAAGGCCCUCGGUGGUAGUUCCUCGCUCAAUUACUUCACCUGGGUUCCAGGAUGUAAGGCUACCUUUGAUCAGUGGGCUGAAUAUGGCGGCGAUGAAUGGACCUGGGAGCCCCUGCUCCCUUACCUUCGCAAGAGCGUCACCUAUCAUGACGAUGCCAAGCUCUAUUCAUCCGACUUCAACGCACUUGGCAGUGGAGGCCCCAUUCCUAUAUCUCAUGCUGAAUUAAUUGAUGAGAUGAAAGAUUUCCGGAGUCUGCUGACACAGGCUUGGAAGUCUACAGGUCAGCCAAUGACGGAGAAUAUUUAUGAUGGAGAGAUGAAUGGUCUUACCCACUGUUGUGAUACCAUUUAUCGAGGCCAGCGCUCUGGAAGCUACCUAUUUGUCAAGGACAAGCCAAACAUCACCAUAUUGCCGAAUGUACAUUCAAAAUGCCUGAUAAUUGACGAAGCGGACGGUGUAUGCAAAGGAGUCACCGUUAUCGACCCUUCUGGCAAUGAGCUUAACAUCUAUGCCAGUCGCGAGGUUAUCUUAUCCCAGGGUGUCUUCGAAAGUCCAAAACUUUUGAUGCUUAGUGGUAUCGGUCCCUCCCAUGAACUUUGUAAACACGGCAUCAACACCAUUGUUGACUCACCACAUGUCGGCCAACACCUUCUUGAUCACCCUGGUGUCCCAUUCGUUCUCCAGGUCAAAGAGGGCUAUGGCAUGGAAGAUCAUCUCCUACGUAAGGGCCCAAAGCAUAGCGCUUGCCUCGAGUCCUACCAGCAAGGUCACCAGGGUCCUAUGGGAUCUGGCCUAUUGGAGAUGGUGGGCUUCCCUCGCAUUGAUGAAUAUCUCGAGAAAGACCCACAAUUCGUCCAAGCUAAAAAGGCCAAUGGUGGUAAGGAUCCCUUCUCGCCUUUUGGCCAGCCUCAUUUCGAGCUUGACUUUGUUUGCAUGUUCGGUAGCGCCUUCCAGUGGCACUUCCCUACCCCCAAGAAGGGUCAACAUACAUGUGUGGUCGUGGACCUUGUUCGACCUGUAUCUGACCCGGGUGAGGUGACGCUCAAUAGCGCAGACCCAUUGAUCCAGCCGAAUAUAAAUCUUAAUUUCUUCUCAAAUGAUCUGGAUAUCAUCGCCAUGCGAGAGGGUAUCCGCUUCAGCUACGAUGUUUUGAAGCAUGGAGAUGGUUUCAAAGAUAUUGUGAUUAGCGAAUACCCCUGGGAGAUGCCUCUUGACAACGAUGAGGAAAUGAAGAGAGCAGUUUUAGAUCGCUGCCAGACUGCUUUCCAUCCUUGUGGCACGGCCCGUCUGUCAAAGAGUAUCCAGCAAGGUGUUGUUGAUCCAAAGCUCAGAGUUCAUGGGGUUAAGAAUCUUCGCCUCAUUGACGCUUCGGUUAUUCCUGUUAUUCCUGACUGUCGUAUUCAGAAUUCGGUUUAUAUGAUCGGCGAAAAAGGCGCCGAUGCGAUCAAGUUCGCCCACAAAGAUCUUUAUUGA